UCACGGCUGUCUCCCUCAUAGAUCAAUGUGUAUGGCUGGGUGAGAAGUAACAUGCAUAUAAACAUCAAAUCAGAAAUAAUUAGAAAUUACUUUCUCAGGGUGUUCAAAUAUUCUUAUCAAAGGAGGCAGUGGAAAAUGGGAAAACACACCUUCUGCACAUACGGUACCUGAAAGCACCUCACGCCUCAUUGUGACAUCACCAAGAGCUGACUUCCAAUUGGCUCUCUCCUGUCACUCACUGUAGAAAGUCCACCCUCUCAGCCUGGCGUUCAACCCUCAGCCCAGCAGCAGUUAGAUGGUUCCUCUCACUCUCUCUCUCUUUCUCCCCCCUCCUUUCUUUUCUCUCUUCCUCUCUCUCACUCUCUCCUCCAUCUCUCUCUCACUCUCGCUCUGUCUCAGAGCAGGCAGCUGCCGCCAGACCUGCGAGCCCAGUACAGUCUCAGCCUGUUAGCAGGUCCACCAGUCCCUCGCUCACACCCACACCUCUCAAUCCCUUCUUCUUCCUUUGUAGUCAUUAUCCCUGGAACCCGCCUGAUAGGUCUGAACCAAAGUGUCUUUUUUUCACAAGUUGGACUAUCUGCUCCUACCCCAAGAUGUAACUCUGCCAAGGAAAAUACUUUGAGCUGAAAGUAAAGCUUCAUGACCAAGGAUUAAAGGCCCAAGUGAGAGAGCCGUGCCCCCAGCUCCCUCCAUGUCUGAGCUGGAGUCAGAGUCGCACUAGCGGGGGGAGGGAUGGAGGACGUGAUGGAGGUGCGCACGGACGGCAGCUCCCUCCUGAAGGCCGUCUACCUGAGCCGCCUGCGCCUGACCCGCCUGCUGCUGGAGGGCGGGGCCUACAUCAACGAGAGCAACGACCGCGGCGAGACGCCGCUCAUGGUGGCCUGCAAGUCCAGGCAUGCCGACCAGCAGAGUGUGCCCAAGGCCAAGAUGGUGAAGUACCUGCUGGAGAACAGUGCCGACCCCAACAUCCAGGACAAGAGCGGGAAGACCGCCCUGAUGCACGCCUGUCUGGAGCAGGCCGGCGUGGAGGUGGUGUCCCUGCUUUUGGCCAGCGGGGCUGACCCCAGCCUGGAGGACCGUUCUGGCUCCUCGGCCCUAGUCUACGCAGUUAAUGCCAGCGACAAGGAGACCCUGAAGGUGCUGCUGGAUGCCUGCAAGGCCAAGGGCAAGGAGGUGAUCAUCAUCACCACCGACAAGUUGCCCUCCGGGCGACAGAUGACCAAGCAGUACCUCAACGUGCCCCCACCGCCCGACCUUGAGGACCGACUCCACUGUUCCUUGCCAGCCUGCAUGUCCCCUUCUGAAAUCGACCUCCGCACCUCGCCCCAGGCCACCGGUACCGCCACACAGCCGGACAAGCGCAUCUUCAGCUUCAAGGACCCCGGGAACCCGGCCGCCGGUUCCUCCCAGCCGGGCUCCCCGACCCGGGACCUGAACCUGGCGGGUUCGGCGAGGCUCCUGCACCUGCAGCGGCUGCACUCCGAGCCCUGGCUGAAAAUCCCGCCCUCCCUGGCCCUGCAGCAGGGCGCGGCCUCCUCCCUGGCCGAGAACCUCCUGGACAUCACCCCCGAGGAGGAGCUGUCCUUCCGAAUCAACGGCAUUACCAUUUCCAAGACCCCCAUCAGCCGCCACCAAAGCAUCGACAUCAAGGAUGGGGCUGGGCUGAGUAAGGCCCUGGAGCAGGCUUCCAGCUGUAAUAACAUCGAGGCAGGGCAGGGGAGAGGAGUCGGAUGGCUAGGCAGGAAGAUGUCGUAUGACGAUAUCUCGUCUUUCCACUCUGCCUCGCACCCGGAGCUCCACCGUAACGGCGGGGUCGGGGCUGGGGGCGGGGGAUGCCCUGUACCCAUCCCAGUGGACAAGGACCCCGAGUCCCUCCCCAACCUGGCCGUGUCCAGUCUGCGAAACAUAGUCCAGCGACGUGUCAUUGGGGCGGUGGACCACUACAGCUCCGACUCCCAGCUGCCCCAGUUCACCGGCCACGCCCCGGAGGACUGCAGGGGUGGGGUCGCGGCGGCUGAGAAACGCAAGCUGGUCUCCACCCGCUCCUCCACCCUCGGCUGCUCCCGCGAGUCCCUGGAGGGAGUCCCUCGGAGGGGGGCUGCGAUGGAGCGCAGGGGGUCAGGGGCGCUGCUCCUCGACCACAUUUCCCAAACCCGACCUGGCUACCUGCCCCCGCUCAAUCCCCACCCGCCCAUCCCGGACAUCGGAGCCAACGCCACGGCGACGGGCGCCUUUGCCGGCGGUGCCGCUGGGGUGGGUGGCCCCGCAAAGACGGGGCCUUCGGGGGCCAAACACAUGGUGCCGAGCGCCCCAAACUUCCCCAGGGAUCUCAAGGCCAAAAAGAUGCUGUUGAGGCGUCACUCCAUGCAGACGGAGCAGAUCAAGCAGCUGGCCAAUUUUGAGGAGAUCUUCGGCCGCUGACCCCGCUUCAGGAUCCCGCCGCGCUUCACUCGAUUGCUGCACCCCUCGCUGGAGUCCAGGUGUACCACUCUGCUAUCGCGAAACCAUGUUUCUACUGUCCAUGCAGCGGUCCAAUGAACCACGCAACAUUAACAUGGUGGCCAUACGUCCUAUUAUUUUUCCCCAGUGUUGCCACUCCUUUCAUAAAAAUUACGAGCACAUUACCAGUUAUUUCAGGACACAUUUACGGACACAUCAUUCUCCAAGCGAGAGGCCUUAAUUUAACAGGCACUUAAGAGGGAGGCACUUAAGAGGGAUUUCUAGACAACCUUCAGUGUCAAAUGGCAUCUCUGUGACAACUUUUAAGGAGGUAACCAAUGACACGUUCGCUAUCAGACAUUCCAGCCCUGUUUUCAAGGGCGUUCUAUUUAACCUAGAAGGAUUCUAGCGAUACUGGCUGCUUUUGUGUUCAUGGUUGAAUUAAA